UAUCUUUGGCCUCUCCUUAGACUCUCUUGUCCUAUAAUUACCAUUACUUGUAAAUCAAAAGAGGUGGUCAGAAGUCAGUUUUCAUCUCACACAGUAAUAGGCCAAGAACUGUCAGAAACCUAAAGUGAACUAUAUCCAGACCUUAACUGCCUUGGCUUCAGUGAUAAAAGUCACAGUAAAUUAACAAAUGAAUGGAUGAAUCAAUCCCAACAUAUGCUUUAUUCUUUUCCCUUGAAAGACUCUAAUGCUCCGUAUCAUAGUCUGCAGCAAAUAAAAAACCACAAAAGUGCUGGGCUUGCACCUCAAACUAAGCAAGUGUGUAUAGAAUAUGAAAGAGAAGAGACUGUGGUGAGUCCCUGGACAUUACCUUCAGAAAUCCAUAAGAUUCUUCAUGAGAGUCCCAGUUCUCUCCUUCAAGACUUGUCACCAGCUGAAGAGGAGCAGCCAAGGACUCCUUUUGGGAUGGGUGGCAUGGACAGCAUGUCAGAGAGUACUGGCAGCAUCCUUAGCAAGCUUGACUGGAAUGCCAUUGAAGACAUGGUGGCUAGCGUGGAGGACAAGAGCCUGUCAGUCCACUGGGCUCUGAACCUGCACAGGAGAACACAUGGCAGCUGCAGAGCUGGCCCUGAGAGCUGCCCCGGCGGUGAUGGAGUCACUUUCGAAAGUGUGAAUUUCUGAUUGAAAGCUUGAACCUAAAUGAGAAAAAAACCUUCAAGGAGCAACUUAUUACAGUGAGUCUUCAGAAUCUUCUGUAGGCAUCAUAUAGAAUGUUCUCAACCCAGAAAGAGCUGAAUAGAACACUGACAAGGAGUGACUCGCUCCUACAGGUCCUGAGUGAAGACAAUUUCUAUACCAUCCUGGUGGUUCACAAAGGAGACCACAGAACCAGAAGCAAAGAAAGGAAAUAAUCUUUUUUUUUUUUUUUUUAACUAAAUUGACUAUAUAAGAUACUUGACUUCCAGGAAUGAAAACACAGUGAAAUAGCAAAAUUGUCAUUUUGAUCUUAUGGGACAUUCAUCACACUGAGGAGCAUGCUAUGUGGAACUUCCCGAGCUGGGAUUUGGAAACUCACUGGUGUUCAUUUAUAUCUUGGACUGUAAGAAUGAGUGAAUUCUGCUUGUAUGUCAACUGCUGUGUUG